CAUCUCUGAGUCCGACCUGUCCGGGAGCUGAACCGCGGUUAUCCUCCUGCUGCUGGCUGGAAGGAAUCGUGGAGACAGUGUGAGUGAUGAUGGUACGUGGGAGGUUUUACGCACAGAAGACAGGGUGCGGCACUAUAAACGUGUGGUGUAAAUAUCAGCCCUCAGUAAAUCCUGAUCCUAGCAGCACUUCCUGGCUGCGGUAUCUGGGUUUGUUCUGUCAUUUUAUUCUCCACUUUUAGAGACUCUGGCUGCAACAUUUAUUCUGAAACUCCACACCGGAAACGCGUCCUGAGCUCCAGCCGCUUCAUCCGUACGUCUGUCCGGUGGGGAGCGCACACCGGUACCGGCUGCAGGCUGGAAGGACGCCGCCGCCUCGAGCUUUUAUCCCGAUUUAUUCCGCUCCUGUGCGUCUGUUUGAAAAUGGUAGAAAUCCUCGGAGCGCAUUGAGAGAUUUUACCCUGAAGAUGCUCACAGACAUGAUCGUGGAGGAGGAAUUUGAGAUCAAGGAAGAGGAACCGUGGUACGACAAGCAAGACCUUGAACAUGACCUGCAGCUGGCCGCCCAGCUGGGCAAGACGCUGCUGGAGAGGAACCGGGAGCUGGAGCAGGGCCUGCAGCAGAUGUACUCCACCAACCAGGAGCAGCUGCAGGAGAUCGAGUACCUGACGAAGCAGGUGGAUCUCCUCCGUCAGGUCAACGACCAGCAUGCUAAAGUGUACGAGCAGCUCGACGUCUCGGCCCGAGAGCUGGAGCAGGGCAACCACAAACUGGUUGUGGACAACAGGACGGCCCAGCAGAAGAUCCAUGGGCUGACAGAAACGGUGGAGCUGCUGCAGACGCAGGUGGAGGAGCUUCAGCAUCAGGUGGAGGAGCUGAAGCUGAGUCCAUGUCAGCCUCAGAGGCCUCCGAGCAGAGAGAAGUUUCCUCAGAGUGUUUCCUGUCUGCACGAGCUGCAAAACACACUCAGGUACGGCUGGGAUGCAGACGAACCCUCAGACGACCUCGAGUCCUCUGCAGCGUUGUGGCAUGAAGAGGAGCAGGCAUCGCUGCGACAGUCGCUUCAUUCUCUGCAGACUCAGUUUGCUACUGAGCGCGCUCGGAGGCAGGAGGCGGAGCGAGAGGCGGAACUCCUUGCUGGAGAAAAUGCAAUGUUGGAGCAGCAGCUGGCAGGGAUGGAGGGAUAUCAGGCCCGAGUGUCUGAGCUGGAACGAGAAGCUGAGGAGCUUCGUCAACUCUGGAAGUCGGAGUCGUCUACAAGAUCCAGCAGACCGGAUGUCUGCCUGCUGCCCCACUCGAUGUUCCUGAACCCGGAGGAUGAACACGACAGGGAGGCACCUAAAAGCCCCUCCGUCCUGAAGCGCUGGGGCAGCGAGCGGCUCAUGAAGGCCACGCAGAUGCCCGACUCCCCCAGCAGGAUCUACGACCACGAGUGCUCUUGCGUGCGACGGGCUGAGGUGGUGAAGUAUCGCGGGAUCUCGCUGCUCAACGAGGUGGACGCCCAGUACAGUGCCUUGCAGGUGAAGUACAACGAGCUGCUGCGACGCUGCCACCUGGGCCUGCAGGAUGACGAGCAGGACAGCCAGAGCCACAAGUCUGUCCAGACUGCAUCCCUCGUCGCAUCUUGUCCUGCUCUGACGGACCUGGAGGACUUUGAGGAUGACUUUCACCAGCCGGAGUACAAAGAACUCUUUAGGGAAAUCUUCUCCCGCAUUCAGAAAACCAAAGAAGACCUGAAUGAAAAUAGGGGGAGGCCCUCAGCUGGUGAAGUGCUGCAUUAGUUGCAUUAGAAAACAAAAAAAGACCAGCUGAGAGAUUAGUUAUUGUCUUCCAGUUAUGUAGUGACUCUUUGGAAAUACUUCUAUUUUCCCAGAAAUGGGUUCAGAGAUGAGAGUGAUGGAGGAAUAAGAGGGCUAAACACCACCAGCUCAGAUGUGGCUCAUUUUGCACAGAAACACCAGUGCCUCAGUAACGCCGCCAUCUCUACUGGACAAUCACUCUACCUCACUCUGUUCGCAAACAGGAAACAUUUCUGAGGAGCAAUCCCACUUCUUCUCAUAAGCUGGAAACACUUUAUUUUAUGGGUCCCAUAAUUUCAGAGAAGGGAAUUGAUGCAUGAAUGUAAAAUCGCAGAAAGGUUCCUGGUAAAGGUGUUGUUUGGUUCUAAUUAUAGGAAAUAUGGAGCCAAUGUUGACCUAAAAAGUCAGUUUAAUGUGCAAAAAAUGCGAUGGUGUCUAAAUUGAAUUAAUCCAACAAUGCAAUAUGUAAUCAACUUUGCUCAAACUGAAUGUCUGUCAUUCGAGUGAAAACCAACUAGAAAUCCUUCAUGGAUGCAACCAGCGAUUCUUCUUCUGCCAUAGAUUUUUAUCAGGGUUUAGUCUAUUAAAACAAAGAUGACAUCCAACUGACUUUCCAAAACCCAGUUGUGCUGUUUAUUGCCAUAGAACACUGAGAAAACCAGCAAAUAUACAUAUUCAAGAAGCUGUAAUGUCUUAAAUGACAUAAACAUUAACAUUUUGGCACAUUUAAGGUUGAGGCAAUGAACUUAUUUAUGUAUUCAGGUGUUAAAGAGCAACAUAAGCAUUAAUUUGGAGUCAUGUUUGUGUCCACCUGAUUACUGUAGGUCCAAUAUUGUCUCUCUUUUAGCUCCAUUUUUGGUCUCCUCCACUUGCUGACAUGCUAAAUGCUCCAGUAGCUACUCACUAAGGGUGUUUAUCCGUCGUUUGUUGCCCAGCAUGUUGCGUAUUGUUGGUAUUUAAAGCUUUGUUUUUGCUGAAAACAAUGCUAUUAGAGCAGCAAGAGGGAAACAAAAAAGUUCUUGGCCAGGUAUCUCAGUUAAAGUCGCUUAUAAAAUCAACUCAUAUCUCCAUUUUUCUUAAAUUGUUCCUGAACUACAAGCUUUCCAGGAAUCUUGAGAAAACUAUCAGGGAAUUAUGGGCCUGUAAAAUAGAAUUUAAUCACUGUAUCUGCUGCUUGUUUUGUUUAUGUGAAGAAUUUGUAAUUUAUUUUUUUCUUCUUUGCAACUAUAGAAAAUAACAUACAUUUCUUGGUGAUAGUUCUGCCUGCGCCUAUAAGAGCAACCGAUGUACGGUUGACCAGCUUAGUAUGCAACGUUAUAUUGGUGGAGUUUUUAUCAAGUCGGUGAUUCAAGGUGCUGAAAUAUGUUAGAAUUUUUUUCUUGUAAUUGUCACAUAUCUUUCUGAAAUUAUUCUUAUUAUUACACAUGAUUAUUGUAUGGUAGGUUAGGCUGCUGAGUGAAUGUUGCAGUAAAAGGACAAAAUAAUACCUGUACUUGAAAAUAGAAGCUUUUCCUAGCAGCAUUUGUGUUGCUUUUCGCUGCCUGAUGUUUGUCCUUGUCAAGUUUAAAGACUGUGCACAUGCUUUGUUUGUAGACGUCUGUAAAAUCACAUUAAGAUGCACUUUAGAAUUGCACAUUAUCAACGUUCUUCUGACACUUUAUAUCUCCGCUGUAUGUAGUUCAUGCAAGUGUGAUGCUUUUCCUCUUCCAAUCCUGAAUAAUCUGCAGUAUGUUUGUGUUUUUACUUGUUUCAUGACUGGACCUCGUGGUUUAAUGUUACUGCUGUGAGCCAUAAAACAUGAAGCAAGCUGA